AUGGCUGACCCACUGGGCAUCGCCGGCACCGCCGCCGGACUGGUGUCCCUGGGGCUGCAGCUGUACGGCGACAUAUUCAAGUACAUCAAGGCCGUCAACGGCAGAGAAGACGACCUGGAAGCGGCAAGAAAGAAUGCUGAAAUACUGAGAAAGUGCCUGAUUGCCAUCAAGGGGGCCACAGCAUCGACGAAUAUCGCCCAGAUGGCAACGAAAGACGCAGUCGACGAGUGCGUCGCCUCUUGUAAAGAUGAGCUGAAACAAUUGGAGGCCUUAUUAACACGCCUACGAGGCCCGGAAGCCCCCGCAGAGACAUUGUCUGCCAGAACCAGGGAAAGAGGAAGACGAUUGAUGUAUCCUUUCCGUAAGGAUAGCAUAGCCGAGCUCGAAACAAGACUGGCGUCAACGAACGCGGUACUCCAGACAGCUUUGAAUGCCCUAGGACUGUAA